UUAGGAGUGCACAUGUACAGAGAGUUGCGACUGUUUUUGGAAACCACAGAACAAUAGGUUUGGAAUGGUCUGUUCCAACAGGAAUCUCACCCAAGUACCUACAUUUGUCGCCCCUUUGAAUUGUAGUAUAUGGAACCAAGUUUAUCGCAUUAAAAAUAUAGAGAUUAAUUUGAGCAACAAUUCGUUGAAGGAGGCUCCAAAUUCGCAGGAUGGAUAUGAAGGUGUGACCGAGAUGAAUUUAUCUAAAAAUAAAAUUGGAAACAUUAACUGGGUACCUCCUCACAUACAGAAAUUAUACUUAAGCCACAACCAUUUAACAUCGAUGAAUGACACGAUUUUGGACAAACUAAAUGGUUCAAUAAAAUAUUUGUCACUUGAUAGGAAUCGUUGGACGUGUGACUAUUCUGCUUUAAAACUUCAACACUUUUUAAUACAUAACACUAAACAGGUUGGAGGAUCCCACGUUUACUGUAAAGUCAGUAAUGUAAAAAUCAUACAAAAUUCUGAACUUUGCAACUACACAACCUUAAUCGUAUUGACUUCAACUCCAAUCGUGAUCAUAAUUCUCUUCAUUGCAUGUGGAUUGGCAAUGUAUUAUAAAUGGCAGGAGGAAAUCAAAGUUUGGUUGUACAGCAAAAACUUGUGCUUGUGGUGGGCUACUGAAGAAGAACUGGAUAAAAACAAACGUUACGAAUUAAAAACUCUGAUUCUUUUUUUAGCAUCGCAUACAUAA